CACAGGCUAUAUAUACCCGAGCGGGGAGGCUAUUGCAAGCGUCUCUCAGCAGCGCUGCUCUAUGCAGAAGGAAGAGCUCAGCUGGUGUGACGGCAGCAGCAGCAUUAGGAACACCAACGUUUUUGCUCCCUUCCUUCCCUCUCGGCCCCCCAUUCCCUUCCCCCUCUUUGAGUGUUUUAUUAUUUCUCCCCGCCUUGGUUCUUCCUUCGGCCCCCCUUUUUGUUGUUCAAGGGAGGCGCGCACACAGCAAGAAGGGAAAGAAAAGUACUGGCACUUUUAUCCUGUGCUGCUCCAAACCUAGAGGCAAGAGGCGAAGAGGGGGGGUUGGCUUCUACCACAAAGUAAAGCCCCGUCCCCCCUCCAUUGCCUCGUCACGGGAAGGAGGGAAAGUGGAGGAAAGCAGCUAUUCUGCGAUUGGCCUUUGGAGUAAAAGGAGCCGGGAAGGGAAGGAUGAUUGUGGUUCCCGGAGCCGGCUGCAGGGCAGCCCUCUGCCUCUGGAUUUUCAGCAGCAUCAGCUGCAGAGCCAGGACUGCGCUCCCUGCAUCCCAAAAAUGUGAUGAGCCACUGGUCUCAGCAUUAUCCCACUCCUCCUUCAGCAGUUCAUCAUCUAUGACUAGUAGCUAUUCACCAGGGUAUGCAAAGCUAAACAAAAGAGGAGGGGCUGGAGGCUGGUCUCCAUCAGAUAAUGACCAUUAUCAAUGGCUGCAGGUGGAUUUUGGGAGCAGGAAACAAAUCAGCGCUAUAGCAACACAAGGCAGAUACAGCAGCUCUGACUGGGUGACUCAAUACCGGAUGCUGUAUAGUGAUACAGGGAGAAACUGGAAGCCGUAUCACCAGGAUGGAAACAUUUGGGCAUUUCCUGGAAAUACAAAUUCUGAUAGUGUGAUCCGGCAUGAUUUACAGCAUGCAGUUAUAGCCCGCUACAUACGCAUAGUUCCUCUUGACUGGAGUGGAGAAGGCCAAAUUGGGCUGAGAACUGAAGUCUACGGCUGCCCGUACUGGGCCGAUGUUAUCAAUUUUGAUGGCCAUGCUGUGUUACCAUACAGAUUCAGGAACAAGAAAAUGAAAACAUUGAAAGACGUCAUCACUUUGAAAUUUAAAACCUCUGAAAGUGAAGGUGUCAUCUUCCAUGGAGAAGGACAGCAAGGAGACUAUAUCACCCUGGAACUGAAAAAAGCCAAGCUAGUCCUUAAUUUAAAUCUAGGUAGCAACCAGUAUGGCUCAAUUUAUGGUCACACAUCUGUGAUGACAGGCAGCCUCUUGGAUGACCACCAUUGGCACUCCAUUGUCAUAGAACGUCAUGGGAGAAACAUCAAUCUAACACUGGAUAGGCACAUGCAACAUUUCAGAACCAAUGGGGAAUUUGAUUACCUGGACCUGGACUAUGAGAUAACCUUUGGUGGCAUGCCUUUUUCUGGGAAGCCAAGUUCAAAUAGCAGGAAAAACUUCAAAGGCUGUAUGGAAAGCAUCAAUUACAAUGGUAAUAAUAUCACAGACCUUGCCAAGAGGAGGAAAUUGGAACCUUCUAAUGGGGGAAAUGUAAGUUUUUCGUGUGUGGAGCCACAUACAGUGCCUGUCUUUUUCAAUGCUACCAGUUACCUGGAAGUGCCUGGUCGCCUGAAUCAGGACCUACUUUCAGUCAAUUUCCAGUUUCGGACCUGGAAUCCUAAUGGACUUCUUCUCUUCAGCAACUUUGCCGAUGAAUUGGGUAAUGUCGAGAUUGACCUGACUGAAGGCAAAGUCAGUGUCCACAUCAAUGUCACCCAGGUGAAGAAGAACCGAAUAGACAUCGCAUCAGGCUCGGGACUCAACGAUGGGCAAUGGCAUGAAAUCCGGUUUCUAGCUAAGGAAAACUUUGCUGUCCUCACCAUUGAUGGAGACGAAGCCUCAGCAGUUCGAACAAACAGUCCUCUACAAGUUAAAACUGGAGAGAAAUAUUUCUUUGGAGGGUUCCUUACACAAACAAAUGACUCAGAUCGUUCCCUGCUCCAGCUCUCAUUCCAAGGAUGCAUGCAGUUUAUUCACGUGGAUGAUCAACUGGUGGAUUUGCAUGCAGUAGAGCAAGGCAAACUGGGAAGCUUUGCCAAUGUCAGCAUUGAUAUGUGUGCCAUUAUUGACAGGUGCGUGCCCAAUCAUUGUGAGCAUGGUGGCAAAUGCUCCCAAACGUGGGACAGCUUCAAAUGUACUUGUGAUGGAACUGGAUACAGUGGUGCCACCUGUCACAACUCUAUUUAUGACCUCUCCUGUGAAGCAUACAAACACUUGGGCAAAACCUCAAAUUAUUACUGGAUAGAUCCAGAUGGCAGUGGGGCACUGGGACCUUUGAAAGUUUACUGCAACAUGACAGAGGAUAAAGUGUGGUCAACUGUGUCUCAUGAUCUGCAGAUGCAGACUUCAGUGGUACGCAAUGGCCUGGAAAAAUACUCUGUAUUACAGCUUAAUUACAGUACCACCAUGGAUCAGAUCUCUGCCAUCACCAGUAGUGCUGAAUAUUGUGAGCAGUACAUCUCCUACUCCUGCAAGAUGUCAAGGCUGCUGAACACCCCAGAUGGGAAUCCAUACACCUGGUGGGUUGGAAAAGCCAAUGAGAAGCACUACUAUUGGGGUGGCUCUGGACCUGGCAUUCAGAAAUGUGCCUGUGGCAUUGAACGCAAUUGUACUGAUCCCAAAUACUAUUGCAACUGUGAUGCUGAUGCUAAACAAUGGAGAAAAGAUGCUGGGCUCUUGUCUUACAAAGAACAUCUACCAGUGAGUCAAGUGGUGGUUGGAGAUAUUGACCGAUCUGGAUCAGAAUCCAAGUUAACUGUAGGUCCUGUGCGCUGUCAAGGAGACCGGAAUUACUGGAAUGCUGCGUCUUUCAUUACUCCAUCGUCCUACCUUCACUUCUCCACGUUCCAGGGGGAAACCAGUGCAGACAUCUCUUUCUACUUCAAAACAUCAGCCCCUGAUGGAGUGUUUCUUGAGAAUCUGGGGAAUACAGACUUCAUCAAACUUGAGCUGAAAUCUGCUAUUGAAGUGUCUUUUUCAUUUGAUGUUGGAAAUGGUCCAGUGGAGAUCAUUGUCAGAUCCCCCAACCCACUCAAUGAUGACCAAUGGCAUCGAGUCAUCGCUGAGAGGAAUGUCAAGCAGGCUAGUCUGCGAGUGGACCAGCUGCCGCAGGAGAUCCGGAAAGCACCAACGGAAGGCCACACACGGUUGGAACUGUAUAGCCAGUUAUAUGUUGGUGCCGCAGGAGGCCAGAGAGGAUUUCUGGGUUGCAUUCGCUCUUUAAGAAUGAAUGGGGUGACUUUGGACUUGGAAGAGAGAGCAAAGGUCACACUGGGGGUGAAACCUGGCUGCUCUGGCCACUGCACCAGCUAUGGAAUGUACUGUGAGAAUGGAGGUAAAUGUGUCGAGAAAUACAAUGGCUACUCCUGUGACUGUUCCAAAACUGCAUAUGAUGGACCAUUUUGCAUAAAAGACGUUGGAGCAUUUUUUGAAGAGGGGAUGUGGCUCCGAUAUAAUUUCCAGUCCCCAGGGAUCAGUGUGAAAGACUUAGUCAGCCGAACUAUGUUGAGCUCUACAGACCAUGAUAACACUGUGCCAGACCUCAGAUUGAAUAAGGAAGCGCUCAGUUUCAGCUUCAGUACCACCAAGUCCCCUUGUGUCCUCCUAUACAUCAGCUCUUACACUCAGGACUACAUGGCAGUGCUUGUCAAGCCAUCUGGAAACUUACAGAUUCGAUACAACCUUGGAGGCACUGGAGAGCCAUAUAACAUUGAUGUUGACCACAGAAACAUGGCAAACGGACAGCCACACAGUGUUAAUGUCACACGGAAUGAAAGGGACAUAGUUCUCCAGCUUGAUCAUUAUCCUCCAGCAAGUUACAGUCUGCCAACAGCUUCUGACACUCAGUUCAACUCCCCAAAGGCGCUCUUCCUGGGAAAAGUUAUAGAAACUGGGAAGAUCGACCAAGAUAUCUAUCAAUACAAUACACCAGGAUUCACUGGCUGCCUAUCUAGAGUGCAGUUCAACCAGAUUGCCCCACUCAAGGCAGCCCUGAGACCUACCAACACCUCCUCUCACGUCCACGUUCAAGGGGAGCUAGUGGAAUCCAACUGCGGAGCAUCUCCGCUGACAAUCCCACCAAUGUCUGCGGCCACUGAUCCCUGGCAUUUAGAUUCAGCCAGUGCUGAUUUCCCAUACAAUGGUCAAGCUAUAGGAGAUGGAGUUAACCGGAACUCUGCCAUUAUUGGAGGUGUCAUUGCUGUUGUGAUCUUCACCAUCCUUUGCACGCUGGUGUUCCUAAUUCGCUACAUGUUCCGUCACAAGGGAACCUACCACACCAAUGAGGCCAAGGGGGCGGAGUCUGCUGAGAGCGCUGAUGCAGCCAUCAUGAACAAUGACCCCAACUUUACGGAGACCAUUGACGAGAGCAAAAAAGAAUGGCUUAUCUGAGACUGUGCGGAGGGGGUUGGAAGCAGGGCCAGGGUGGGGUUGGGGAUGACUCUUUUAGCAAGGAGAGAAUGCUCUACUUCAGACUUUUGGGCACAUCUAGUAAAAAGAUCAGCAAAAAUGAAGGAGCAAGAAACAGGCAAAACUGAUGAGACUGGAAACCAGGAUGACACACACACAUUUAAGAAAAGUACUUUUUAAUAUUCAUUUGCAAUGAAUUGCCCUGUCUGUAUCCAAACAACAACAACAAACAGCAGCUUUUAGAGCGCCAGCAUUGGUUAAAAUUUGUCAGUAAUACCUGUCUUUUCUGUGUGUGUUUAGAGGUGUUCUAAAUACCCAUUAUGAUAACAGGGCCAGUUUUCUACAUUUUUUAAAAGCCCUUUAGAAUGUGGAUAUUUCUGUCUUGAGAACAGCUUACAAAUCGGCACAUCCUCAAAGUGUUCUUUUCAGUCACUCUUAGUCGGUUCCAGACAAGUUGCCGUAAUACCCAUAAUACUCGUUCACGUAUUGUUUCAUUUGGUGGUGUUUGAAUUGGGGCUUAAAAGUUCUAGGGGAGGAAGUGGGGGAGGGAAAAGAGGAUCAAAUUAUAUUUGCCAGUUUUCAAAAUGCUACCAGCUUGUGCCAACACUUUGAGUCCCAUUUUGGCACAGGCAUUUCAAAAUGUUGAUUGUGUAUAGUACGUAUCAGCAAUGUAAAAAUAUUAUAAUUAUUCUGACGAUAGGAGAGGAGUAAAAGCACAGGAAAAUUUUUGUUUUGGUUUGUUUAUUUAAAUCUGAAGGAGUCUGUAGACCUAGUUUGAGUCUGUAGACUUAAUCUGUUUCUGUAACUCUGGCUAUAAUGCUGCUGACCUGAGGCCACAUGGCGGUUUCAGUUUAAACUCAGCUCUGCCUGUGAUAUAUUGGCAUACACUGUAUGUAGGCAUAAGCAUUGUAGUUGGAAAUUAGAGCCAGACAUUACCGUUUGUUUGCUUUUGUUUCUCUGCAUAGGCUGUCACAGAACUAUUAGUACAGUUCUAAGGAAUGCAUUUGAUCCAAUAGUUUUCACAUAAUACUUUUCUGUCAUUGGCAUAGCAAUUUAGUUUGUUCUUUAAAUCUUUGGUUUAAAUUCCUUUGUGAAGAAAGUCUCUGUCACAGUGUUCUCUCAGGCAGUAAGGUAAAACAAGAGGCUUAAAGAGUCCUGCUCCUAGAGAGGGCAGCAGAAACACACAGCAUGAGAGCAGAGGUCCUUUUUUUAAUAAACAGAUUUGCCUGAUCAGUUUCACUGUCUUUGUGGAGUAAUGACUAAGGACUGCAAAGGCAAUAUCUAGUGCUUCAGGGAUCACAAUCUCUCAGACCAGCUGAAUGUCAGGCAUGUCACUGAGAAAGAGGCAGUCAGUUUGCACAGAGGG